AUGGCGCUCGAAGCGAAGGCGGGAAGCGGCGCGGAGAGCGGGUGGAUCUCCGCCGGAUGGUCCGCGGACGGGCGCAUGUACCCCGCGGACUGCGUGAUUGGAAACCUGCCCGGCGGAAGCAUGGGCGCGUAUUACAUGAGCGGGUACGGCGAUUCUGACGUGGCGCCGACCAGCAGCUUCGCCCUCGGUUCUGCCGAGAUGCUGACGUCUAACGGCGGGACUGUCAUGAAGUUCUCCCGCGCGAGCGGCGACGGCGGCGCCAUACCCGUGGACGUGGCGGGGGUGAACACGGUCAUCUGGGCCUACUCGCAGUCCGGCUCCACCGCGCUCGGCUUCCACGGCCGCAACGACGGAGCCACAUCGGUGGAUUUCUCCUGCGUUGGUGCUACUGCUGCUGCCAACUCCACAGCGGGGAGCGGUGCUGGGGGCAGCAAUGGGAGCAACGCGACAACAGGCGGUGGCUCGGGCGGCAGCAGUGGCAGUACCAACUCCACCACGGGCAGCGGAACGGGCAGCAGUGGCAGUGGGAGCACCACCAACAGCACGACCCCUGCUCCUCCCUCUACCCCGCCUGCUUAUAACGAGUCGUUUCCCUUCCCGCCUGAUUCUAACGGGUUCGUGAGUCCUCCUCCUCACCACGACGGAGACCAUGACCAUGGGAUUGAGCAUGGGAACGACGGUGAGCAGGAGGGGGGAGAUUGGGGAGACAGGGAGGAGUGGGCGCAGUGGGGAAACGGAGAGGGGGAGCGUGAGGAGGGGAGGGGAGACGGAGGGGAGGGCGACGAAGAAGGGGAAGGAGGGGAAGGAGGGGAAGGGGGAGAUGGGGCAGGAGGGGGGGAUGUGGCAGGAUGGGGAGCACUGGACUUCCACAACCGCAACGAUGGAUCAGUCCAGGUGGAUUUCACUUGCGCCACUGCUGCUGCCGGCAACAGCACCUCUGCGUCAACUCAGGGCGAUGACAGCCAAUCACUGGGUGCCACGUCAGCAGCAGCAUCCAGCAGCGGCAGCAGCAGCAGCAGUGCGUGCAAGGAGUCUUCCCUGACCGGAUAUGACUGCAUGGUGCAGCUCAGUGGCGACAACUUCAUCCUGCACUGGAAAGCCACCACCAGCGCCACCAGCACCAUCGCACUGGCAGCAGAGGCAGCAACGAGCGGGUGGGUGUCGCUCGGCUGGUCCGCCUCUGGUCGCAUGUACCCCGCUGAAGCCGCCAUUGGGAACCCUCCUCCUUAUUUUCCUCUCUUCCCCUCUCCCCAUCCCUGCAGCUUCAUUCUGCACUGGAAAACGAGCGCCACCAACACCAUAGCAGUGGCAGCAGAGGCAGCAACGAGCGGCUUCAUCCUGCACUGGAAAGCCACCACCAGCGCCACCAGCACCAUCGCAGUGGCAGCAGAGGCAGCAACAAGUGGGUGGGUGUCUGUCGGCUGGUCUGCCUCCGGUCGCAUGUACCCCGCUGAGGCCGCCAUCGGCAACCUUCCUGCUGGCACUCUUUCCACUGGGAAUGCUGCAGCAGCAGCAGUCGGGGCGUAUUCAAUGAGCGGCUAUGGAGCCAGCGACGUCACGGUUACGAGCUCGUUUGCGGUUACCAACACGGCUGUGGAGGCGGGCAACGGGCGGACGGUUGUCAAGUUUGAGCGGCCGAUGACUGAUGGAGAGUUCCCUGUGUCCUCGAGCCGCGUUCUGUGGGCGUACUCGCGGGAUAACUCGCAGCAGCUGGCAGACCACGGGCCCAAUGCAGGCUCUGCGACAGUCAACUUUGCAACGGGAGCAUCCGAAGUGGGCGGCUCCAGCACUGAGAGCGCCACACUCUACACCGUGCAUGCAUGGCUGCUCACUGUCGCCUUUGGCAUGCUCAUGCCCGCUGCCAUCCUUGUAUCGAGGCUCUUCCUUGCGGAUAAGCCCAUGCCUGGGCAUUCCACUGCCCCUGCUGCUGCAAGUAACCCUGGUGCAAGCAACAGCGGGACAGCUGCAGCGGGCACGGCAGCCGCAGGUGGGUUGGGGGAGCCGAUGCUUGGCGAGAAGCAUGGUGGGGCGGCAGCAGCGAAAGAGGGGGGAGGGAGUCCCCUAAAAGCCAGUCUCCCCAGCAGCCUGGUGGCAGAAGAUGCACCGGCUCUUGUUGCUCUCUCCGUCGGGGGACCAUCUCCAGCAGCAGCAGCAGGAGGAGCAGCAGGGUCGGGCACAGCAGGAGGUGCAGCAGCAACAAGAGGGGGAGCAGUUGCCAGGAAGCCAUGGGUGAGCAAGCCCAUGGCAUUUGAGGUGCACAAGUGGCUUAUGCUCUCCGCUGUGCUGCUUGCUCUCGCUGGAAUCAUCAUGGCCUUUGUUGAGAAGGGGUCGCAAUCAUUGCAGUCGACACAUGGACAGCUCGGAUUGGCCGUGAUGGUGCUGAUUGUUGUGCAGCCAAUCGUGGGGCAGCUGAGGCCGCUCAAGAAGCAUCCCAGCCGUCCAUCCUGGUUUGCGCUGCACUGGGUGGUUGGCGUUGGAACGGUGGUGAUCGCGUGGGCAAACACGUACCUGGGAUUCAAGCUUGCCACCUCCAAAUUUGGAUACGACCUCAAUUGGUCCUACAUUGCCUUCUCCAUUUUGAUCGGGUUGUUCUCUGCGGUUUAUGUCUUCGACUUCGUGGCCAUACCUGUACAGUAUUCCGCACCGCACCCCGCACCGCACCUCGAGAGCUGCCCCGCCUGUCCUUUUCUCGCCUUUACUGCGCCCAACGGUCUUCUUCGCCCCGGGCGCCGUCCUUCCUUGGCGCUACUGUAA